ACAUUUGCCUCAACCCAUUACUAAGUACAUGUCUCAUGGUACUCAUCCUAGAUUAGAGCAUUACUAUUUUUUUAUUUGAGACCUACAGUACUAAUACUUUCAUUGUGUCCACUUAGAAUUUAGUGGGUGAGCGACUGUAAUUGUGAACACUUUCAGAUUUUUCAGUGUUAUACGGUGUUAAGGGGCGGUGUGGUCAAGACGGGAGAUAAAGAUCCAGAUUACAGCUCGAGACAGACGUUUAAGAACUGCUACAGAGCUUCUCUUGAAUGCAUGCAGUAUUACAGUGAGCGACCGGCGAGAAUUCACUUUUACUUUUUGGACGUAGCGGGAUUUGUAGUCGGCUUGCUUUAAUCAAGGCUGUGGGCAGUGACGGAAUCCGGGUGACGAUGGAGAGCGCCCUGACUGCCAGGGACCGGGUGGGUGUACAGGACUUCGUCCUGCUGGAGAACCAUACCAGCGAGGUGGCGUUCAUCGAAAACCUCCGCAAACGCUUCAAGGAGAACCUAAUUUAUACAUACAUUGGAUCAGUGCUGGUGUCAGUGAACCCCUACAAAGAUCUGGAGAUCUACACUAAGCAGCACAUGGAGCGAUACAGGGGCGUCAAUUUCUAUGAGGUUUCACCUCACAUUUAUGCCGUGGGUGAUAAUUCGUACCGCUCCAUGCGUACCGAGAGACGGGACCAGUGUAUCCUGAUCUCGGGUGAGAGUGGUGCUGGCAAGACUGAAGCCUCCAAGAAGGUUCUGCAGUAUUACGCUUUCACCUGCCCUGCCAAUGAGCAUGUGCAGAGCAUAAAAGAUCGCCUGCUACAAUCCAACCCAGUGCUGGAGGCCUUUGGAAAUGCGAAAACUUUACGAAAUGACAAUUCCAGCCGCUUUGGAAAAUACAUGGACAUUCAGUUUGACUUUAAGGGUGCUCCGGUGGGCGGUCACAUCCUGAACUACCUGCUGGAGAAAUCACGCGUGGUGCACCAAAGCCACGGCGAGAGAAACUUCCAUAUCUUCUAUCAGCUGAUCGAGGGAGGAGAGGAAGACCUGCUGAGGAGACUGGGCCUGGAGAGGAACGCCCAACAGUAUCAGUAUCUUGUGAAGGGUAACUGUCCCAAAGUGAGCUCCAUAAAUGACCGCAAUGACUGGAAAGUGGUGAGGAAAGCCCUGAGUGUCAUUGGCUUCACCGAUGAUGAAGUGGAGGAGCUUUUGAACAUUAUUGCCAGUGUACUACACUUGGGGAAUGUCCAGUACGGAGGAGAGGACAGUGGCAGUUCCUACAUCACUACAGAAACACAGAUUAAAUACUUAGCCAGGUUGUUAGGUGUGGACGGCUGUGUUCUGAAAGAGGCUCUAACACAUAAAAAAAUCACUGCCAAAGGAGAAGAGCUAAUGAGCCCCUUGAAUCAAGAGCAGGCCGCCGCAGCACGAGAUGCCUUAUCUAAAGCCAUAUACGGACGUACUUUUACUUGGCUUGUCAACAAAAUUAAUGACUCUCUGGCCUUGAAGGAUGAUUCAUUCAACAGUAAAAAUGCCUCAGUAAUCGGUCUGUUGGACAUCUAUGGUUUUGAGGUCUUUCAGAACAACAGUUUCGAGCAGUUUUGUAUCAACUAUUGUAAUGAAAAGCUGCAGCAGCUCUUCAUUGAACUGACUCUGAAGUCAGAGCAGGAUGAGUAUGAAGCCGAGGGAAUCACAUGGGAGCCUGUGCAAUAUUUUAACAACAAAAUCAUUUGUGAUCUUGUGGAGGAGAAGUUCAAAGGAAUAAUUUCAAUCUUGGAUGAGGAGUGUCUGCGACCUGGAGAUGCCAGUGACAUCACCUUCCUGGAGAAGCUGGAGAACUCUGUCGGUGGCCACGCCCACUUCAUAACUCACAAGCUGGCUGAUGGAAAAACCCGCAAAGUGAUGGGUCGUGAAGAAUUCAGGCUGCUUCACUACGCAGGAGAAGUCAACUACAAUGUGAACGGCUUCCUGGACAAGAACAAUGAUCUCCUUUUCAGAAACCUGAAGGAGGUGAUGUGUAUGUCCGAAAAUAAAAUCCUCACUCAGUGUUUUGACCGGGAAGAGCUUACAGACAAGAAGCGCCCUGAAACGGCAGCGACGCAGUUCAAGAACAGUCUUGCGAAGUUGAUGGAAAUCCUGAUGUCUAAAGAGCCGUCUUACGUGCGCUGCAUCAAACCUAAUGAUGCCAAACAAGCAGGACGUUUUGAUGAAGUCCUCAUCAGGCACCAAGUAAAAUAUCUUGGUCUGAUGGAGAACCUUCGAGUGAGGAGAGCUGGCUUUGCAUACAGGCGUCGCUAUGAGACCUUUCUGCAGAGGUAUAAAUCCCUGUGUCCGGAAACCUGGCCAAAUUGGGAUGGUCGUCUGGUCGAUGGAGUGUCCACGCUCGUCAAGCACCUCGGCUACAAACCUGAGGAGUACAAACUCGGCCGGACCAAAAUCUUCAUCCGUUUCCCCAAAACCUUGUUUGCUACCGAAGACGCACUUGAAGUCCGAAAACACAGCCUUGCUACCAAACUGCAGUCAUCCUGGAAGGGCUACAGUCAAAAAACGAAAUACAGGAAAAAGCGACAAUCGGCUAUCCUGAUCCAAGCCUGGUGGAAAGGUAUUCUGGCCCGCAGGCAAGCAAAGCGCAGGAGAGAGGCUGCUGACACCAUCCGCAGGUUCAUCAAAGGCUUCAUCUACCGUCACCAGCCUCGUUGCCCGGAGAAUGAGUAUUUCCUGGACUAUGUUCGUUACUCGUUCCUGAUGAAAUUGCACAGGAGCCUACCCAAAACAGUCCUGGAUAAGAGUUGGCCAACACCCCCUCCAGCCCUCACUGAGGCUUCAGAGCAACUCCGCAAGUUGUGCAUGCAGAACAUGGUGUGGAAGUACUGCAAGAAUAUCAACCCAGAAUGGAAGCAUCAGCUGGAGCAGAAAAUGGUUGCAAGUGAAGUCUUUAAGGACAAGAAAGAUAACUACCCACAAAGUGUACCAAAGCUGUUUGUGGACACAAGGCUUAAUGGGGAGGACAUCAACCCUAAAGUGAUACAGGCUCUGGGUAAUGAGAAGAUGAAGUAUGCUGUUCCAGUGACAAAGUAUGACAGGAACGGAUACAAAGCUCGCAACCGACAGCUCUUGCUCAUGGCCAACAGUGCAAUCAUUGUGGAGGAGGCCAAGCUGAAACAGCAAAUUGACUACAGCACACUGAAAGGGAUUUCGGUCAGCUCUCUGAGUGAUGGGAUAUUUGUUCUCCAUGUUGCUUCUGAAGACAAUAAGCAGAAAGGUGAUGUGGUGCUUCAGAAUGAUCAUGUCAUCGAGACGUUAACCAAAGUGGCUAUUUGUGCUGACAAGAUCAACAGCAUUAACAUUAACCAGGGAAGUAUAAAGUUCAAUGUGGCACAAGGCAAAGAAGGGAUCAUAGAUUUUACAUCUGGUUCAGAGCUGGUGGUAGCCAAAGCUAAGAAUGGACACCUUUCUGUGACUGCCCCUCGCCUCAACACAAGAUGAUGGACAAGCCAUGACCAAGCACUUCAUGUGUUCUCACAGGAUCUUCCUGAUAUGUUCCUUAGUUCAUCAAUCACAUGACAACAGGCGGAGCUUCUCUCUGCCAAUCAGACGCUCGCCAGCUGCUCCAAAGGCCUCCUACUUUCAAACUUAUUUAUGUUUUUGGGAAAUAAUACUGUUAUGAAUAUUAUGAUUUUAUAUUUUGAAGCCAAGAAAUAACAAUGUAUAUGUGCAUUUUUCCUGCACUCUGUCUCUAUCUAGCUUAUUUGGGGAAUAUUGAUUAGAUUGUUAGAGAAGGUGACCUCAGCCGUGAUAACAAGGAAAAUCAGGGUUCAUAAUGAGUAGUUAUUAGCUUUGGUUAUAUUUACGUUCACCCAUGAUUACUUUUUUAGGGAUUCAGCGAUACAAACCUACUCAACUUACAAUACACUUUUACGUUGAUUGAAUUAGUGUAAUUAUAAUGAGUAAUAAUUCUUUCAUAACUCAAUUAUAAAGUUCAUAGGAAAGGUAUCAUUUACAUUUUGUUGCAUAGAGAUAGUAUUUGUAUAAGUCUGUUCCACACUAGCUGUGCCACAUAAUUUUGCUUACCAGCCUAAUAAGUAAUUCAUAUUGGUUGUUGUGUUAAGAGGAAAGAAAAAUGAGGCUGAAAUUUUAGAGAAUGUAUUCCAAGUGCAUUGAGGGUGCGUGUAAUGUACGAAGAGGUUCUUUGAAAAGACCUUAAUGGAAAAAGUAAGUGCUCUGCAUCUAGUCAUAGUUGUUAUGCUAGUGAAACAACUCCAUCUGUUUACACUGUGAUUCAUUCAUCAUUUAUUACCCUGUAAAAAGGCUGCAAUUUGAUAAACUAAUACAGAGAGUUAAAUAGGGGUAGCAAGCAAAGAUGGAGAUACAUAGAUCGGCAAAAAUCUCUUUGCUAAAUCCCAAAUCUGUGCCUCAAAAUGUUGAUGUUUUUUUAGAUUACAUUUGGGAGUAUCUUUGAUACUCCAUGAUAAGAAAAGUGUUUGCAAUUCCUGUAGAUAUUGGAAAAAAUUCAGUAAUGGACAAAAGGUUUGACUUUGAGAAUGGUCUUUCCUUUAUACACUAGAGGUGAAUUACUCAGGCUUUGUCCUCCUAAUACACUGGACACAAUAAUGCUGGUGUCUUGCAUUAGCAAUGCUUUAACCUCGUAGCAAAGCAGAAAGUCUUUCAAAAUUAGUCAACUACUGAGAGACGUUGAUAGCCUAAUAGUAGGUGAAGUUGUGUUAUCUACAGUCUGUUUAUUUCUCUGAGACAGGUUUGUGUAUAUGUAGAUAAAAGGUAUCAAAGCACUACUCUAUUACUGUUCACAAAAUGUAAAUGUUAUUUUAGCAGCAGAAGUGAAAAUUUGGCGCACCCUUUUCUUGCACUAUAGGAUUAUUCAGACACCUAAAACCUGUUCACAGCACAAUUAUUUAAUGUUGCCUUGAUGUCAUUAUGGUCAAAGGAGAAUGUUCAGCUAAACACUGAGCAUGUGCCUACCAUAGCUAGUGUCAUUGCUGAGAUAAUUAGUUUUAAACAAAAAAAAAAACCCUGUAAGAGUACACUUUAAAUGCUGUUGUACGCAUAAGUGUAAUGUAUUUAGAACAAAUAUAUAUUUUGACAUUUAUUUAAAACAAUAACCCAGUUCUGUCCAUACAAACUAUUGGCCCACCAGUUUCUUUCUGCAUUGAGAUGUGAGUCACACUUUGUGAUUUUGUUUUAUACUAUUUGUGUAAUGUAAGUACCUGGAAGGAAUCUGUCAUUUUGAAUGAAAGCAAACUGACAAUGUAUCCGAGCAAAUUAAAGCUGAUUAAAAGCA